CAGCGCAUGCAGUCACAUGAGAACGCGCCAUGGCUUCAGUUACCUCAACCAGUCGCUCAACUCGCUCCUCCCGACGAAGCGGCGCCGGCCCGUCCAGCACCAGCCCAACCCGGCUCUCCCGAAGCCAGGAGAAAGAGGAGCUUAGCCACCUGAACGACCGCCUGGCCGCCUACAUAGAGCGGGUCCGCCAGCUGGAGAAUGACAAGUCCUCAAUGCUGCUUCUCCUGGAGGAGAAAGAGGAGUCCACGACCCGGGAGACGGCCAACGUUCGGCGGCUGUACGAGACCGAGUUGGCCGACGCGAGGAAGAGCUUGGACGUGCUGGCUAACGAUAGGGCCCGGCUGCAGAUAGAGAUGGGUCAUCUUUCUGAAGAGCAUAGCAAACUACAAGCCAGGAACCAGAAGAAGGAAGCAGAGUGUAACAUGGCCAUGGGUCAGUGGAGGAACUUGGAGGCGGUCCUCAACUCUAAAGAUGCAGAGCUGGCCAAUCAACUGGCAGAUAACAGAAGACAGGCGGAUGACGUCACUGACCUACAGGCCCAGGUGGCCAAUUUGGAGUGUGCGCUGGCGGAGACCAAGACCCAGCUGAACUCUGAGAUGUUGAGGAGGGUGGACCUGGAGAACCAGGUGCAGACGCUACGGGAACAGCUGGAGUUCCAGAGACACAUUGGCGAACAGGAGGUCAGGGAGAUCCGGAGCAGACACGAGAGUCGCCUGGUGGAGGUGGAUUCUGGGAGACAGAAAGAAUUUGAGAGUAAGUUGGCCGAGGCCAUGCAGCAGCUACGGCAGGAGCACGAUGGACAAAUCCAGCAGUAUAAAGAGGAUCUGGAGAAGAAUUUCAAUGCCAAGCUGGAGAAUGCCCAUCAGACGGCGCUGAAGAGUAGUGACUUUGCCUCGUCCACCAGAGAGGAGCUGUCUGGCACCAAGCUCCGCAUCGAGACCCUCUCCUCACAACUCAAUCACUUCCAAAAACAGAACGGGGCCUUAGAGGGACGUGUGCGGGAGCUGGAGCGGACCCUGGACCGGGAGCGCGAGGUGUGGCAGCAGCGACUGAGCCACAAGGACGAGGAGAUGUCGGCCAUGCGGGCCCAGAUGCAGAGCCAGCUGGAGGACUAUGAGCAGCUGCUGGAUGUCAAGCUGGCCCUGGACAUGGAGAUCAACGCCUACCGCAAGAUGCUGGAGGGAGAGGAGCAGAGACUCCACCUCUCCCCGAGCCCCUCCCAGCAUGGGGCCGUGGCACGCACGCAUGGACACGGCACUCGCCGAGUUGUCCGUGGGAAGAAACGCAAGAAUGAAGGUGGCACGGGGUCGUCGCCAGCCUACAAGGUCUCGCAGCACGCCAAGGCCCACAGUCACAUGAUGGUGUCGGAGAUAGACCUGAAGGGGAACUACGUCACGCUGAAGAACAACUCUGAGAAGGAGCAGCCACUAGGGGGCUGGGUGGUGAGGAGGAGUCACCUGGACUCUCCUGAACUGUUCUUCCAGAUCCCCCCUUCCUACAUACUGGCUGGGGGCAACACCCUCACUAUCUGGGGUUCGGAGGCAGGCGGAGAGGCCUCUCCAGGUGACCUGGUCAUGAAGAACCAGAGGAACUGGGGUCCGGUAAACAAUGUGAUUGUCACCCUACUGAACCCAGAUGAAGAGGAGACCGCAGAGCUGCGUGUGCAGGAGAGAGGAGAGGAAGACUCCGAUGUGGAGGUUGAUGAAGAGUUAUUGGAAGGGAGUGAUGUUCACUACCUCAGGAGACAGACAGGUGAAUGCUGUACCCAGGCCUGUACCCAGGGGAAACUGAUCAGUACUGUGUUUUUGAUCUCCAUUCCCCUUGAUGGAAAAGCCCAAGAGAAGGAAAAGGAAGUGCUGUCUGGUGUUGUGAACAGCCUGUCUCAUGACACACAGACCGAUGGAGGCGCCGGGGGGAACAAACGAGAGUUGCUCCGUUAUGUAACUCCACCCUCCUUUCACAAUUCUGACCUGAGAAUGCUGCAUCCGACCCGGGAAUUCCCGGGAAUACCACUGGAAAGGCUACAAUGACAUCCUAUUCCCUACAUAGUGCGUUACUUUGCCAUGAACCAUAGCGUGGGCACUGCACAGGGAAGUGGGUGUCAUUUGACACUGGCCGUGUCACCAAUGGUAUUAUUUAUGUGCCCUGUGGGAGCUUGAUGGUGAUUUGGGAGCACUGCUACACAAAUGUGUGGGAUUUCAAUGCAUAUUUUUCCUAAACUAAUGCAAGAGUUUGGCUGGUUGUGUAGUUGCCUGUACCUGUAAAAAUAAUGGGUAGCCCUUUAAAAUUGCAGAUCUGUUUGUGCUGUCUAGUCAACUCCUAUGGUCAUUUGUCUAAACAGCACAGGCAGAUCUGGGACCAGGCUUGUAUUCUUUAAGCAGCGACAUGGCAUUUGUCCUGCUAUUCUGGCGUUCGUAACACGUCUCUCCUCCCGCUUGCUGUGAGUGACAUUCAUAUGCCCCUUACAGUCUUUAAAUGCGACAUCAUUCAAUUGUCAAAGUUUUUAAGAAAAUAUGUUUCAUUUGUCACACAGUAUGAAUAUGCCUUGUGUCCUGACUAUGUUUAAAAUCCUGGUUGGGAAAAUGACAGAGAUUGUUAAACUCGUGUAUGGUAUUACAGUAUGUUAGUGCUAUAACUAGCUGUAAGAUGAAUGUUUUCUGGUAUUUUUACCCUUUAACCUGCAGCACUUUUUGCCAUUGAGAUAGAGGAGUUAUACACUGAAUAUAUCCAUAAUACAAUGUGGAAGUUUCUCAUGUUCAUUCUGAAGUAUGUGGACAGGAUGGUUUUCCCGUGUUUGACAGGUACUUUGGUGGCUUUGCAAUAUUGUUUCUCUUUAGAAAAACGACUAACUUUAACAUCCUCUAAACGUCCGAUUGACUUGUGAAGAAACUCAGUGUUGGCUUGUCCUUAUGCACCAAAAUACUUAUGAUUUCAAUAAAGAUUUUUCCUUAA